GUGCUCUUAUCGUGUAAUGAUAGUAGUGUAUUCUAAACUUUUAAUGAAUAGUGUGAAAACUUUACCAAUCUCAUAAACUCUUUUAUUCGUAAGCCUAAUAAGCCAUAAUGGUAGUACAUUUCGUCUAUCAGGGUCAUAGAUAUCGUGAAGUGCGGGCUUGUGCUGAUGGCACAUUCACAUACCAAUGCUCAACAUCAAAGUGUCCAGCUCUCAUACACGUUUCACCAAACAAGGUAAACGUCACAUCUUCUAAUGGAAAGGCCCACCAACAUAGAGAAGGGACGCCCCAGAGGACAUCCCAGUCUAUUAAUAAUGGAGCAUCGACGUCUUCAAUGCACAGUGUGGCAUCCUCCUGCACCUCUACCCCACUUUCUCAGCCCAUUCAAACUGAUAAUGACGAAACAGACGGUAGUAUAUCUUUCAUUAAUGGAUCGCUUGGUACGCUCGUUCCCUCCUCAAUGAAUAUUGAGCAAUCAAUCGCAAACCUGUGUAAAGAUGCAAAACGUACAGAAGUGCUGUUACGUGAUAUUUUGUUUUAUCUACAAGAUUUAUCAGAUAAAAUAAAGGCAAUAGAUGAUAUACAAGUGGUGAAAAAUAACGUGGAUACCAUAUUGGACAAGUUUGCGUCUGUGAAUUCCCCUCAACCCGCACCUGCACAAACAGACACUGUGCAAAUAACACAGCCACGUAUUCUACUGGUUGGAGAUAGCCACGUGCGGAAGAUGCAAGGUGUACUCAGUAAUCUUAUAAGAGAUAAGGCAACAGUACAGGCCCACUUCCGUCCUGGCUGUGGGUUGAACGAAUUUCUUGAAGAUAUUGAGACAACCACAGCUGAUUACACUACUCGUGACUGUGUAAUUAUAUACGGAGGCUCCAAUUCACCCACAAUUGAUGAGGCAAAUACCCACAUUCAAGCCUUAUUACGAGUAUCGGAGAAAACCAACGUUAUUAGAUUUGAAAUACCUUUUACCCAGAGAGAUAAUGAACUCGAUAACAAAAUAUCGGCUGUAAAUAAACACAUUCGUUCUACUAUAUCGGUUAUCAACAGUAAGCAGCUAAUCUGGCGGUGUUAUAAGCCCAAAUCAACUGACUACGUUCAACAUGGUCUUCACCUACAUCAUGGAGGUAAACUCAAACUUGGUAUCAAUAUGUGUAAUAUCCUCUCUAAUUUAAAAUUAAUUAAGUAUGUGCAUGUGCAACAUCGUAAUAGUUCCAAUCAUAAAAAUCACUCUGCUAGUUCUAACAAAAAUAUUUCUAGUAGUAAUACUCGUAAUGUGCAAGCUCACCAAGCUGAAUUUAACAACUGUAGUCGUGAUAAAUUCUCUUCAAGAUUGCGUUGUGAUUAUACUAACGUAGAUUUAAGAGGUAGUCGUAUGUAUGAUAACGUUACACCACGUUUUAAUAAUCACCUCUAUGGUAGGAGUAGGAAUAGUGGCACACACGCUUUUAACCGCAGUUCUCUACAAAACAUCAAUUGUGUCUCACCUACUGUUACCUCGUGUCCAUCUACAUUCCAUCAUCACUCUCAACAGCCCCUUAUACCUCCACUGAUACCACCACCUGUACACUCUUCCACAGUACCACAUCCUGCAAUGAAUAUCCAGAGCUGUCCACCAGUGCAAUGUGGAAUGCCAGGCCACCCUUACCAAUCUAUCUUCACCUAUCCCCAGAAUUUUCACUAAGCUCAGUCUCUUUGGCUAAUGAAAAUAUACAUCUAAUAACUCAAAAUGUACAAUCGAUUAGAAAUAAGGUGUCCCUAGUAGAGCAUACCCUGGGAGAACUUGAUGUUCAUGUAGCCUGCAUAAGCGAGCACUGGUUGAGUCCUAAUGAAAUUCCUAUGCUCAGGGUUGAUGGCUACAUUUUAGGUUCGUAUUACUCUAGGAUUUCAGGGAGGGGAGGGGGAGCAUGUAUACUGUUGGCAAAUAGUCUUGGAACUGCUUACAAAAAUUUAGAUGAAAUAUGCCAACUCUCUGUGGAAGGAGACAUUGAAAUCUGUGGGGUAAACCUUACCAGUAGGGGUAUUAAUGUGCUCUCUGUAUACAGGCCACCUGCUGGAAAUCUGGAUGUUUUCUUUAAUAAGAUAGAACAAGCAAUAUUUCACUCUCAAAAUUUGGGGAAAAAAUUGGUUAUUGGAGGGGAUCUGAACAUAAAUACAUUAAUCAAGUCCAGUAUGUCUCAAAAACUUCUUGAUCUGAUGAUAUCAUGCAGCCUACUCCUCUGCUGCAAGGAGCCAACUAGGCUGAAUAAUUGCCUAGAUAACUUUAUAUGUGAUAAGAAUAUGUCAUUCAAAGUGAACGUUUGUAGGACGCAUAUCUCUGACCAUGAUGGAAUACUUUUAGCUAUAUCAUUAGAGUCUAGAUCACCUAAAACAGAACCAUUUAGCUUAAGAACUCGUAAUUUUAGUAAUUAUAAUAAGCAGUUAUUUGUGAACUCUCUGGACACAGUAGACUGGGAUAGCAUGCUCCAGGGUAAUGAUUUUCAGUUGAAGUUCAGCAUUUUUCAAAAUACAUAUGUAAAAUAUUUCAACCAAUCCUUCCCUAUAGUUACUAAAAAUUACCCAUCAAAAAAAAUGAACACAAAAUUUUCACCCCACUUUAAAGAGAAACUAAAGAAAUUAAAACAUGAGCUACAAGAUAUCAGAGAAUUCAGCCAAAUAAUCAAAUCACCAUAUUUGAGAGAGAAAUAUAAAGUUAAAAAAACUGAAUACAAACUAUUAGUGGCUUCAGCUAAGAAACAUGCAAUUGAUGAGAAAAUCUCAGCCUCAUGUAAUUAUAACAAAACAGCAUGGGAAAUUAUAAACCAUAGACCAAAUAAUCAACAGUCUAUUAAAAUUAUCUCUAAUAGUAAUAUACCAACAAAAGACCCCAAUGAAAUUGCUCAACUUUUUAACUCAUUUUUCACAAAGCUGCCAGAUCAGCCCCAAAUAUCACAUGGCCUUGACCCUCUCUCACUAGUAAAUCACACACUCCCCUCCUUUUUUUGUGAACCCACCAACAUGUAUGAAGUACUCAGCAUAAUAAAUUCCCUCAAAAAUUCCACAUCAAAAGAUCAUCUUGGCAUUGAUGUUAACACACUGAAACUCUCAGCCCCUUUUGUUGCUUACCCCCUUGCCACACUUUUCAAUGAAUCCAUUGAAAAGGGUGUUUAUCCACAUGAAAUGAAAACUAGUGUAGUAACACCUGUCUUUAAAAAUGGAGAGAGAGAUAAACUGAAUAAUUACAGACCAAUAUCAAUUACCCCAGUUUUCUCUAAAGUAUUUGAAAAAAUAUUCCACAAAAGAUUAUCAGAUUUCUUUGAAAAACAUAAAUUACUCCACCCAUCCCAGUUUGGCUUUAGGAAAAAUAUGAAUACCACUUAUGGAAUCUAUAAAUUUGUUCAUGAGGUACUGAAUGGUCUCCAACAAAAGAAAAAUCUAUUAGCAGUUCUUUGUGACUUGUCUAAGGCUUUUGACAGGGUUGACCACAACAUUCUGCUAGAAAAAUUGGAGAGAUAUGGUGUUAGAGGUAUACUAUCAGAUUGGGUCAAAAGCUACUUAUCUGAUAGAGCCCAAAUUGUAAAAAUCAACAAUAGCACAUUUUCUGAUGUGGAACCUAUUAAGCAAGGGGUACUUCAAGGAUCCAUCUUAGGUCCACUGUUCUUUAUUAUUUAUAUCAAUGAUUUAUCACCUUAUUUUGGAUACAGUCUCACAGAAUUUGCGGAUGAUACAACAGCUCUUCUAGAAAUAGAUGAAGGUAUUGAUAGUAGUCAUAUUCAGGGCAUCAUGAAUAGGUUGAUAGCUUGGUUUUCGGCAAACAAAAUGAUACUAAAUUUAAAUAAAACACAUUUCUUGGGAUUUGGUAAGGUACCUUCUUCUAUAACAGAAAGUUACAGGAUAAUAGAUUCAACUAAAUUUUUAGGAGUUCUAAUAGACUCUGACUUGAAAUGGAAUAACCAAGUGGACCAUUUAAUCAAAAAACUUUCCACUUAUACCUACUUACUACGACAGCUUCGUGAAAUAACACACUCUCACACUUUAAAACUUGCAUAUUUUGGCCUAUUUCAUUCUAAUCUAACCUAUGGAAUAGCACUUUGGGGUGGUAAUCCCAGUCUACUCCAACGUGUACUAUUAAUACAAAAAAGAGCUGUAAGAAUAAUGUUUCGAAAACAUCCAAGAGAAUCCUGUAAACCUGUCUUUAUUGAAAACAAGAUACUGCCAGCUCCCUGUGAGUACAUACUUCAACUGUGUAUUAUGAUAAAGAAUGGAAUAAUAAAUCUCAAGGUCCCUUCUCACACAUAUGAAACAAGAUUCAAACAUUUGGCAAUAGGUGAAAAUUUAAGAACAAAAAUUAUGCAACGUAACGUUGAUUUUAUGGCCUCAAAAAUUCAUAAUAAAAUACCACAAGAACUAAAAAAUAUACAAUCCAAAAACCUUUUUAAGAAGAAGUUGAAAAAUUGGCUACAGAGAUAUGCGUUCUAUGAUGUUGAAGAAAUGCUACAGCUAAACUCAUAAGCUUACUUUGUUUUCCUUGUUUUUUUUCUUUUUCUUUUUUUAUUUACUUGUUUUUUUUUUUUCAUUAAGUAUUCUACUUCAUUUAUAUUCAUAUUUUUAUUUUUUAUUUUUUAAAUUUCAAUUUUCAAUAAUUUUUAUCGUUUUAAACCCUUCUAUAAAUGUAUGUAACAUUUAAAAAAUGGCCUGUAUGCCAACUGUUAUUCAUACCUACCUGUAUCUAUUAGUACCUUUUUGUAUGACAUUGUAAAUGCAGCGAAAGCUGUG